AGCCAGAAGGGGUGUAUAUAGUAGUAUGGAAGAAGCCCAUAUAGCCUUUGUUUCAACUCCAGGAAUGGGGCAUAUAAUCCCAUUAGUGGAGUUUGCGAAGCGCCUCAUCACCCAACACCGUUUCACUGCAACUCUCAUCCUCCCCGCCUUUCAAGAUGACGGCCCCGUUUCCACCGCCCAAAUCGCUUUCCUCCAAUCCCAUCUCCCCGCCGGCAUGGACUACCUUCUUCUCCCUCCCGUUCCCCUCCACCACUUACCCCCAAACGCUCGCCCCGUCACGCGCAUGUGCCGCGUCAUGGACCUCUCUCUUCCCGCGCUCCGGGAAGCGCUCAAGGCUUUAAUGGCGGCGAUGAUGAAUAUCCGCCGCCGCCUUGUUGCUUUGGCGGUGGAUCUUUUCAGUACCUGUGCUUUUGAUGUGGCUGAUGAGCUCGGAAUUAUGCGCUGCGUUUUCUACCCGUCCGCGGCUUUCACCUUGUCGUUUACUCUUUACUUGCCGGAGCUGGAUUCGUCUCUGCAGCCCGGCGAUGAGUUCAGAGAUCUUGCGAGACCGGUUCAGAUCCCCGGGUUUUCCGUCCCGGUUCAUGGAAAGGACCUGAUUGACCCGGUCCAGGACCGCCAGGACGAGACCUACACCUGGGUUCUUCACCACGCUAAGAGGCUCUCACUCGCUCAAGCCAUCAUGGUGAAUAGCUUCAAUGAAGCAGAGGAAAGUGCUGUCAAAGCUUUGCAGAAGUCUGAACCGGGAAACCCUCCGGUUCACCAUCCGGUUUACCUGGUCGGACCGCUUGUUCGGAUGGAUUCUACUAGUAGUAAUAAUAAUAAUAACAACCUUGUUGGUGGCGGCUCAGAAUGUCUCCAAUGGUUAGAUGAACAACCUGAGAGAUCUGUGCUAUUUGUGUCGUUUGGGAGCGGGGGAACUCUUUCGCAUCAACAGCUUAUUGAGCUAGCAUUAGGGUUGGAAAUGAGUGGGCAAAGGUUUGUAUUGGUGGUCAGAAGUCCUAGUGAGAAUUCAAUGGCCUUCUUUAGUACCCAACAUCCAGGUGACCCUCUCUCAUUCCUACCACAAGAGUUCACGCAGAGAACCAAGAACUUUGGCAUUGUGGUGCCCAACUGGGCCCCACAACACCAGAUACUAAGUCACCGCUCGACUGGCGGGUUCCUGACUCACUGCGGGUGGAACUCCAUUCUCGAGAGCAUUGCCUACGGGAUGCCGUUGGUUGCAUGGCCGCUGUAUGCCGAGCAGAAGAUGAAUGCCCUAUUGCUAACCGAGGAUCUGAAAGUGGCAUUGAGGCCUAAGGCUAGUGAGAAUGGGUUGGUGGGGAGGGAGGAAAUUGCAAGGGUUGUGAAGGGGCUAAUGGAUAGUGAAGAAGGAAAAAAAAUGAGAGAAAAGAUGGGAUACCUAAAAGAUGCAGGCUUAAAGGCAAUUGGUGAUGAAGAUGGCUCUUCCACAAAAGCACUUGAUCAAUUAGUUUCCAUUUGGAAGAGCAAGCUUGCUAAGACCAUUUAAUUAAUUUUCCAUAUAAUAUAAUUCAGCAAAAUUAAAUGUAUGUGUGGUUCAAUAAUACUUCAAUCUUAAUUAUUACAGCUUUUAGUGAUGGAUUUGCAGGCUUCCCUUCAUUUAUGAGAAGGGACUUAUAACUUAUACAAUAGUAUAUUUGUAUUUUAGAAUGUUGAGUUUCACAUUGCAAGACUUUUUAAGAAAUAGACAUUUUAAGAAUAUGUACUUCAUAAAUAAUAUGAAUAGAUCUUAUACAUACUCUUAUAUAUGAAAAAUUUAUAAGAGUGAAUCCAUGUUA